AUGGCAACUGCACGUGGGAGAACAAAGAAAAAAGCAUCUUUUGAUCAUUCUCCAGAUAGCCUUCCUUUGAGGAGUUCCGGCAGGCAGGCAAAGAAAAAAGCAUCAGAGAUGAUGGAUGAGGAUGAGGACGGUGGGUCGGAGAAGAAGUACAGGAAAUGUGAAAAGGCAGGCUGUACAGCAACGUGUCCCGUGUGCUUUGCGAGUACUUCUGAAAGAUGUGCCAAGAAUGGCUACACCUCCCGAUGGUAUCACCUCUCCUGUGGGGAGCAUUUCUGUAAUGAAUGCUUUGACCAUUACUACAGAAGCCACAAGGAUGGAUAUGAUAAGUAUACUACAUGGAAAAAAAUAUGGACUAGCAAUGGAAAAACCGAACCCAGUCCCAAAGCUUUCAUGGCAGAUCAGCAACUCCCCUACUGGGUUCAGUGCACAAAACCUGAGUGUGGAAAAUGGAGGCAACUUACCAAGGAAAUCCAGCUUACUCCACAGAUAGCAAAGACCUACCGCUGUGGUAUGAAACCAAACACUGCUGCUAAGCCCGAGAAUCCAGACCAUUGUUCCCUCCCAGAGGAUCUAAGAGUGUCGGAAGUUUCCAACCAUUGGUGGUACUCCAUGCUCAUUCUACCUCCUUUGCUGAAAGACAGCGUGGCAGCACCCCUGCUCUCUGCCUACUACCCUGACUGCGUUGGCAUGAGCCCUUCCUGCACCAGCACACACCGCGCAGCCAGCGAAGCCAGCCCCGGGAAGCUGGAGCACUCCAAGGCGGUCCCCUCUGUGCUGGUCCCAGGCAUGAACCGGUACUUCCAGCCUUUCUACCAGCCCAACGAGUGCGGCAAAGCCCUGUGCGUGAGGCCGGACGUGAUGGAGCUGGACGAGCUCUACGAGUUCCCAGAGUACUCCCGAGACCCCACCAUGUACCUGGCCCUGAGGAACCUCAUCCUGGCCCUGUGGUACACCAACUGCAAAGAAGCUCUUACUCCUCAUAAAUGUAUUCCUCACAUCAUUGUCCGGGGUCUCGUGCGCAUUCGAUGUGUUCAGGAAGUGGAGAGGAUCCUUUACUUUAUGACGAGAAAAGGUCUCAUCAACACGGGCGUUCUCAGCGUCGGCACUGACCAGCGUCUUCUUCCUAAAGAUUACCACAGUAAAUCAGUCGUUGUUAUCGGGGCUGGUCCAGCAGGAUUAGCAGCUGCUAGGCAACUGCAUAACUUUGGAAUUAAGGUGACUGUGCUGGAAGCCAAAGACAGAAUUGGAGGCCGAGUGUGGGAUGAUAAAUCUUUUAAAGGCGUCACAGUGGGAAGAGGAGCCCAGAUCGUCAAUGGCUGUAUUAACAACCCAGUAGCACUCAUGUGUGAACAACUUGGCAUCAGCAUGCAUAAAUUUGGAGAAAGAUGUGACUUAAUUCAGGAAGGUGGAAGAAUUACUGACCCCACUAUUGACAAGCGCAUGGAUUUUCAUUUUAAUGCUCUCUUGGAUGUUGUCUCUGAGUGGAGAAAGGAUAAGACUCAGCUCCAAGAUGUCCCUUUAGGAGAGAAGAUCGAGGAGAUCUACAAAGCUUUCAUCAAGGAGUCCGGCAUCCACUUCAGCGAGCUGGAGGAGCAGGUGCUGCAGUUCCACCUCAGCAACCUGGAGUACGCAUGUGGCAGCAACCUCCACCAGGUGUCUGCUCGCUCCUGGGACCACAACGAGUUCUUUGCCCAGUUUGCUGGUGACCAUACUCUCCUAACUCCUGGCUAUUCCGUCAUCAUUGAAAAACUGGCUGAAGGACUAGAUAUUCGGCUCAAAUCUCCAGUACAGAAGGUUGAUUAUUCUGGAGAUGAAGUACAAGUUACCACGACAGAUGGGACAGCAUACACAGCACAGAAGGCGUUAGUCACUGUCCCACUGGCCUUACUGCAGAAAGGCGCCCUUCAGUUUAAUCCGCCGCUGUCCGACAAGAAGAUGAAGGCCAUCAACAGCUUAGGCGCAGGCAUCAUUGAAAAGAUUGCCUUGCAAUUUCCUUAUCGAUUUUGGGACAGUAAAGUUCAAGGAGCGGACUUUUUCGGGCAUGUUCCUCCUAGUGCCAGCAAGCGAGGGCUUUUUGCUGUGUUCUAUGACAUGGAUCCCCAGAAGAAGCACAGCGUGCUGAUGUCGGUGAUUGCUGGGGAGGCGGUGGCCUCCCUGCGGAACCUGGACGACAAGCAGGUGCUGCAGCAGUGCAUGGCCACGCUCCGGGAGCUGUUCAAGGAACAGGAAGUCCCAGAUCCCACAAAGUAUUUUGUCACUCGGUGGAACACAGACCCCUGGAUCCAAAUGGCAUACAGUUUUGUGAAGACAGGUGGGAGCGGUGAAGCCUACGACAUCAUUGCUGAAGAAAUACAAGGAACCCUCUUCUUUGCUGGCGAGGCAACAAACAGACAUUUCCCACAAACGGUUACAGGGGCCUAUUUGAGCGGCGUUCGAGAAGCAAGCAAGAUUGCAGCAUUUUAA